AUGAAAUUAACUUUAGGCAAUGAUCAAGUUGAAGAUGCAGCACGUCGAGCUAUUGCUAAUCGAUUCAAUGCUGGAAUUGUCUCAAAUGAUUCUCAUUUUUGGAUUGUUGCUCCCCUGAUGAUUGAUUCAAUGACCGCUUUCAUUGUCGAAGUUAGCGGAGAUUCAGUAGAAGGUAUUUCUCCAUUUCGACUCGUACAUCCGAAUGCACUUGCCAUUACAUUUCGUUACGAAUGUUCAAAUGAGAAUAAGACACAUGAAAUUGUUGAGAAAUUGAUCGAUGGUGACUAUGAAAUUGAAGUUCAUUUUUAUUUUGCUGGUUUCAAACAUGUGUCAUCCAAUAUUGUUUCGAUUACGGGUCAACAUCUUAAAUCAGUAGUGAGUAAGACGACGGCAGAUGGAGGCAAUUCAAAUGCCAAAUACAUAUAUUGUGCGCAGACGAACAAAUUCGUUGGCAUCUAUGCGACGAAUGUUAAGAAAUUGAUCUAUAUGGAGAAGCCGGGCGUUAAUAUAUCAUCAUUGACAAGUGGACUUGAUGAACAAUUUCAAAGUUUAUUUCAGCAAGGUAAAAUCAUUGUUUUAACAAUAUCCGAUUACCGUUUGUUGCAUGAAAAAUAA